AUGAAGAAGGUCAUGUACCAGCCUUAUGGCCAAGGUCAAUGUACUAAUCUAGACCACUGGCAUCACUUUGAAAAACCAUGGAUUUGCUGGGAGGUUCCAGUUCACUUGAGUAAGGAACCUCUGAUCUGUCACUACUGGGGACUAGAGCAUUCCCCAUAUUUCCCAUUUAUUGAUAGGGAUGAAUGGGAGCUGGGAAAGUUCCUCUACACUCAUUUUACACAAGUUCAAAUUGAUGAUUUUUUUGAAGUUGCAUUGGGUGAGUGUUUUCACUCAGCAAAAGAGCUGUUAUCACAGUUGGAUGAGCCAGUGUACCUCUACUGGCAUGAUGCCUUAGAGGUCAUGCAGGAUAUCUUUGGGAAUCCAGUUUUUGUGAAGCAUAUGGAGUACAAUCCUUACCAUAUUUUUGAAAGAAUGGGCCAAGAAUAUGGAGAAUGGACAUCUGGUGAUGAAGCUUAUCAAAUCCAGGAUCAACUGCCCAAGGGCACUACAAUCAUUCCCAUUGUCCUUGCCUCUGACAAGGCACCAGUGAUGCAAAUGACUGGUGAUAUCAAAAUGCACCCUCUGUUUCUGAUGAUCACCAACAUCAAUUCAGAGUUCUGCAUGAAAGCAACAUCCCACACAUGGUCAUGCAUUGCAUAUACCCCAUCACCAGAAUUUAUCACCCACUCUGAAUUUUGUUCAGUCUUGGAGGCUCAUGUUUGGCAUCACUGCAUAGACAUUGUCUAUACAGACCCCUGGAAUCUUUCAAACUUCCUACCCAAGGCUAAGAUGCAACAUCUCAGUGGUGUCCAGCUCCCAUUCUGGCAGGAUUGGACAUCCUCCAACCCCUGGGUCUUUCUUGUAGGGGAGCUCCUACACUCUGGACAUAAAUUUUUCUUUGAUCAUCCAUUUAAAUGGUGCAGAGAGUUAUUGGGCCAUGACAAGCUUGACACAUUCAGCACUCACCACUUCAAUGGGGUAUCACAUAUCAGCCAAAUGACUGGCCAUGAACAUCAGGAUCUCCAAUGUACUAUUGUCACAACCAUAGCUGGCCUUGCAGACCCUUAUUUUACCUGUGCUAUCUCCCAAUCACCAACAUUUACUACCUCAUCAAUCAAUGCCAUGGGAGAGUUGCUGGCAGAAUUUCAUGCCCAUAAAGAUUCCAUAUUGGAAAUGGUUGUAUGGCAAGGCAAGUCAGGGAAAAUAGAUCACUUCCAAAUUCCAAAAAUUGAGCUUCUACAGUCCUUCAGCUGUAAUAUUCAAGAUGUCAGUUCCCUCAUUCAGUACACUGCUGAUGUCAGUGAGCAUCUCCUCAUAACCCACUGCAAGGACCCCUUCACCUGCACCAAUCACCAAAGGACAAGUUUCACAAAACAAAUCAUGCUACUACUCAACUGUGAGGAAUCUAUUCACCAAUUUGAUCUUUAUUCUCUGCUGUCCAAGAGGGGCAUCAGCCUCACAAAUAUGCCAUGUGUGGAAUCCAAUGCUCCUCAAUAUAUUGACCUGACACUGGAGUGGGUUCAGUGUGUUUCCCCAGAAGAAGUGAAUAGUUUGCAUGGCCCAAGGGGCAUCCUUUCCAAGGAUUCAACCACCACAUUCCAUGUUACCAUUCAAACUGAUUUUGUGGACAAAACAUCAAAUUACCUCAUUGACACACACAAUCUUCCUGACUUUCCAGUUCUUCUCUGGGCUUAUAUUGAUGCUUUCCCUGGAAACCACUCCUGUCUACAUGGUUGUUUACUUAAGGGAUGGAGAAAGUUUUGGUUGCAACUGCAAUCACACCUUUAUCCAUGCAACCUCCUACCAAGUCAACAAGUCCAAGUUCUUCCACCAUCAACAGAGCACCCCCUCAGAAAAUGUGAUGCCAUGCUGCAAGUUUCCUCCACUAAAGCACUCCCACUCUCAUUUUAUUUUUUAACAGCCAUUGUUGCUCAAGUCCACACUGUAUUUGCACUCUCAUCAAGGGGUUUGGCUCUCCCCACUGGUCUUUCCAAUCCAUUGUUAUAUGUCCAGUACUUCACUUUUGCAGCAAUGCCUUCUGAUCAACCUGAUGUUGGGAUGUAUGCUGUAGAAUAUGGUACAAGGUCUUGUGUGGGUGCAAUCAUUUCAUUGCUGGAUGUCAUUCACACAGUGGAGUUGAUACCCAAGUAUGGGAUGGUUGCCAACCAUGGGGUUACCUCUGAAACAUGCUUAGAACUUUAUGACAGAUUUUACCUGAACAAUUUCACAGAUAAAGAAUGGUACUACACUCUGUACCGGGACUACCAGUAG